GGGCCUGUUUGGAAUUCACACAUAUGAACACAGGUUUGGUAAAAGGUGUAAGAUAAAAUGGCACUAUGUGAUGCUGAUAGCAAAGGCCUUGCUUUUAUUAAAUAUAAUAGCAAUGCUAUUACCAAGUACUACGUGUGAGUUACAUGCGAGAGGUUGAAGUAAAAUUUUCAUGAUGGAGUAAAUAAUUAUGGACCGAUUUUAACAAGCUCCUUCAAGCUCUACCCAUGUGCCAUUUAAGGGCUGUGGACGUGCAGACUAACAAGACCACUAAUUGCGAUCAUGUUGAUAGGAUGGAUGUAAUACGCAUUGCAAAUCCACCCUGUGCCCAUUCUGUUCAGGUGAUACUAUUCGUAAAUCUAAAUUGUUUUAUUUAGCACUCUUUGAGGUGAUUUUCUGUCUGUGUUUUUUCGUAACUUUUCUUUUUGCUCCCUUUUUAAUGUUAUCUUACUCUCUAUAAAAUGAAAACUAAUCAUUCCCACAGUCUGUCUUGAGAGAUAUUCUCGAUGCAGGAUUUUGGCGGCAAUGUUGGCACCGCGAAAGAGGUGGAUGUCACCCGCUGCUCGCAGUUGAUGAAUAGCAUUGCUAGCGCCCAGGUCCAGAGCAUGAAGCAGCAGGAACAAAUUAGAGCAAUAAUCGAAGAAAAUACCCAUCUCAAGAAUGAGAUUACUGCUGUCUCGGGAAGUCACUACGAUUAUGUAAAGGCGGACAAGAUGGCAGUGCUUCAGGGGGAGGUCGACGCUCUUGAGCGUCGCUACCAGUUUGAAAAGAUGCGAAAGAAUGACCUCAUGAAGCGUUACCAAAUGGCCCGUAUCGAGCUCUUUCAGAGUCGAAAGAAAAAAGGUGGUAUAAACGUGGAGAAGGAGCAGGCCGAAUCAGUUCAGCGCCAGGUUGAUAUUCUUGAAAAUCGCCUGGAUCAAGCUCUUGGUAAGUUCAAUGAUGCACUUUCAUACAACAAGGAAUUACGCAACCAGAUCUCCAUAAUUCGAGAGGAACGACGCGUAUUCCAGCGCGUGCAUAAAAAAAUGGAAGAUGACCUUCGUAGUAAGAAGAGCCUUAUGUCCGAAUAUCUUGAGCAGACCAACAAGGACAUGGACGAGCGUGAUGAGUAUCUGCGUGAAUUGGAUCAGCUAAGAGAGGCAAUCAUACUACAACAGGAGGAGAACUCAAAGCAGUUGCAUGAAUUGGAUUUAGCGAUGCUGGAAAUCAAGUCCAUGCGCGAGGAACAGGCAAACCUUCAGUUGGAGUUAGAAGCGCGCGAGUAUGAGUUUGAAAAACAACUUUUGGAAGUCAACACCACGACCAACAGGUCUGAUGUCGGUGCUGGUGCCGGUUCGCGGCGUUGUUGUGGUGCCGACGAGGACAACGACUCCAGUGACGAUUUGAGCCCAAUGGCGAAUGCGCUGCGUGUGGAGCAUGAAACCGGCACUAUAAAAGAGAUCAUUGCGCAACUCCGUGAGUCGCUGCAUGAAGAUGACCCUAAUGUUAUUCUUGAAAAGUAUCAGCAACUAGGGGACUCUAACUAUUCUAUGUAUAGGCUCAUAAACGAGUUGACUGCUGCAAAGGAGGCGUUCAAUGAUGAGAUCCGAGACUUGAAAAACCUCCUUGACGAGGAGAAUAAGAGUGAGGCGGGGCACCGACAACUGGUGAAGCAACUGGAAGAGAACCUUGCAGCUACAGAGUCAAAGCUGGAGCAAGUACAGAAUUCUAUAGGACGCAUGCGAGAUGAUCUUUCUAUCGUCAUAGCCACUACCGAGAAUGUCUAUGCCCAGAUCGGCUGCUCCUCUAUGAAGGACAUUACUAUUGUUAAAGAACAAUGUUGCAACGAGUCAAACUUAAUGAAUUUUAUGGGUGUCAUUGAGGAACGCGUAACACGAAUAUUGUGCGCCAUGCAGCGUCGUAGACGCAAUUACAACACUCCGCUUCACAUGGAAUCAACUAUUUGUCCAAAACCUGCAGACACCGACUCGGAAGAUAACGCCCUUUCAGCAAAAACAGAAAGCCCUUGCUUGGAUCUGUUGCCAGCUUUAUCAGCCAUCGAGUUCGACAACGACGAAACAGACCCCAUCAUGGUGCUUCCCAUCGCACCUUCUACGGUUCACAAUGCCCUAAGCGCUCAGCAAUUGGUGCGCCCAGCAGACCUCCCCAGUGCAAACCUCAUCGUGGAGAAUAGCCUUUUGAGUGGCUUUGAUAAUGAUCAGGUUGUUUCUCAUGAGGAAAUCCGCAGGCGCAUGGAGGCACAAUUGGUAUGUAAGCGCGAACGCGAGGAGCGGGCGCAACGCAAGAAGAAGGAGAUGACGAGUGGAGGUCGUAACCUGAGCCGGCUUAGUCCAGAAAAACGGAAUAGGUGA